GGCAGAACCAGAAGCUCACAAGCUAGUCGCGUUUCAAGUCCACAAUUAUUAGCUUGUAACGGGCGUUACGAAGACCCCUCGGGGACGAUCACUACUCCCAAAUAUCCAAGUGCCCUUGCUGGUGAAAGGUGUUUGUUUCGAAUUACAGCACCCGCAGGGCGAAGCGUUAAGUGACUUUCAAUCAUUUUAACUUGCCAAGAGAUGACACCACCGGCACAUGCCUCAGUUACAUAAAAGUGCUUUAUGCUAUGCGUAAUUAUCGUAAGGAAAUUGAAAGUUCUCCUCAGAUUUGUGGAAGCUCCCUUCCUCCUGAAAUGCGUUCCUAUACUGACAUCAUUCGCAUAGAAUUUUUCAAUCAUGGACUUACAGCUGGCGAAGGUUUCUCUUUAACUUAUUCAACUGAAGAGAGGGCAAUUUGCGGAGGAAAUCUCCUUUUGCCUAGUGGAAGUAUUUCCACUCCAGUGUUUCCGUUAUUGAAGGAUUUUUAUGUGCAUUGCAAAUGGUCUGUGUUUGGAGACAGUUUAGUUAACCGUACUGUUGUGUUCAAAUUUGAUGUGCUAGAUGUUCCAGGUCUCAGAAUCAAUAGAUGUUAUCAUGGUGGAGUGUAUGUGAAACCAGGACGGAGAAGUGGUGUACACUAUCAUCUCGAAUAUGAAAUCUUUUGCGGGAACUAUACGUCACCAGUAGUAUUCACCACACCUUUUCGUUCCACUGAUAUUCAUCUCACUGGCUUAUUUGAUAAACCCUUCCGUGGUAUUCAUGGAACCUAUUACGUUAACAACUGCGGUGGGAUCAUCAUUGCAGACAGUAAUGCAAACAUUACUUCACCCGGGUAUCCAGACGGUUACCCACCCAAUAUGGAUUGUCACUGGAUCAUACUGCCAGGCCGUGGACAGGUAAUAACGCUAACGACAGUGGACUUUCACCUGGAGAAUGAUUGCGACAGGGACUAUGUUUCAAUAUCCACCGGUUUAAAGUUUCAAAGGCUGGGCAAAUUCUGUGGCGAUCAUAAUCCACAUCCAAUUACAGCAACGAAUGAAGAUCUGAUUGUAAAAUUUCAUUCUGAUGAGUCUGGGUCUGCCCCUGGCUUUUGGCUGACAACAUCAAAGAUACAAAGAGGUUGUGGAGGCAUAAUCAGUAUGACAGAUGGAACUAUCUCAUCGCCUAACUACCCAUCCCACUACGGAAAUAAUGAAAAGUGCAUCUGGAUCAUCGAAUACUUGCCUGGCGAUAAUGUAAAGCUCGAAUUCCUGAGCCGCUUUGACAUCGAAAUGAGCAAUGUUUGCGAUAAGGAUUAUUUACUGAUCGAAGACUAUGAUGAUAAUAACGAAACGUGGGUAUUCAAAGCACGGAAGUGUGGAUUAACGCGACCUAAUCCUAUAGACAGCAAAGGAUGGAAGAUAAAAAUUACUUUCCGUUCCGAUUCUGAGAUAACUGGCCAUGGUUUCAAUAUUCAGUACUCAUCAGGCUGCGGGGGUAAUUUUACAAAGAGCAGAGGCCAGAUAUUUUCUCCUUAUUAUCCUUACAUCUACGAAAAUGUCAUCUGCAAUUAUACCAUUGGGAAAGCUGGGCAGUACAUAGGAAUACAGUUUGAUAAUUAUAUUAGUUCCCAUAAUGAAGAAAAAGAUGUCAUUUGCACGACCGCUUAUUUGGAAAUAUAUGAGGAAGAUGUAGCUGAAUCUAACAAAAAGGCCAAAUACUGCGAUGACAACCCACCACCAAGUUAUACAUUACUUGGACCAGUUACGAUAAUAUUCAAAAAUGACAAUUCGAGACCGCAUGGAUUUAAAUUUAUAUACGAAGUUCUAGAUCCAGAGGAGGCGUUAUCAUUGUUUCAUUUAUAUCCUAAUGCUAAUAUAAAAUGAUAAUGGCGCAUCAUUCAUAUUACUAAAUAUAUCUGCGAAAAUGUGAUAAUUUUUAAAUUAAACAUAAUUGAAUUAGUUAUAAUUUUCUUUGAUAUAUUGAUAUAUGUUACAUGCCUUUGAAUCUUCGAUUGUCAAGACAGAUGCAUAUAUGUAUUUUUUAUUGUGUAAGCAUGUGAAUUAUUAUCAUCGGAAUACUCUGAUUCGAUGAUAAACACAUUUUCAUGCGCAAAACUACCGCAUUUAUGGUAAUAUUUUAAACUUUAAUUUCCUUCCGACAUAUUUUUCUCUCCUUCUAUUACGGGGCCCACCAGCGGCCGAGCGGUAAAGUCGCUGAACACUGGUAGUUCGGUCCGAGGUUCGAAUCCCGCGAAUGGGCUGGCUGCAUGGGCGUUUUCGUGGUUUUCCCCAUGUGUAACGUGUAUACGAGCCAGUUUCCCUUAGAAAGUCCUCCACGAAAGGCAUCCCUCCCCUUAGGCAGAUAGCCCUAGUGUGCUUUGCCAUAAUUAAAUACACCAUACACCACACCACCUUCUACUACGUCAGUGUUUCUAAAGUUUCGGAUUGUUUUAAAACAAAUUUUGUAAUUUCUUACAACUAUAGAAAUAAAUAAGCAGCGUUCUUAAAACAAGUGCAAGGCUCAAAUUUUGCAACGUAAUUCUGUAUUUAAACUACUUGAGCAGGUAGAUAUUAUAUAUAUCUUUACGAAUUUGCUUUGUUUUGUAGAUGGACAUUGUACACCCAUUAAAAAAAUUAAAAAACUAAGAAUAAAGACGAGUUAUGCACAAUAUAAUAUCCGUUUAUUUAUCAUUUUUUAAUUUUUCUCCAUUACAAUGUGUUUGCUGUUGUUAA